GUUCCUUUGCACAUAAAAAUCUACUGUUCACUCUAGAACAGAGAGUAACGAAAGCAGGAAAAAAAUCCUAUAGACUAGAAUAGAGAGUAACGCAAUAGAGGCAGCAAACCCAGGAAAUAUUUCACGCAGAUAAUACGGAAAGAUUCUAGGGUUCUUUACAAAUCACUAAUUCUUAAAUUCAGAAUCGAUUGGUUGACUGGUGUCAAUUUGACUGGGACUACGUAUUGGCUCGAGAAGUUUUGAGGAACCGGAUUUGCAGGCGAGCAGGCUACGAGUUAGGACUUCCUUCCCUUCCAGUGAUUUUGGUUUGAUAAGCAGAGAUGGUUCGCUCGGUCAUGUUUAGUGAUCGAGUGCUGGUCUCGGCUUGUUCAGAAAAUGGGUCGUGACAGGAAGAUUCCACAUUCCAGAAAGAUUUUUACACCUGACGAGUAUCCUUCUUGGGUUGUUUUCUCCAAUCAGCAGAAGUUGAAGUGGCAUAAUUCUCAUCUUAAAAAGCUCUGGCCUUAUGUAGAUGAGGAAGCAUCAGAAUUGGUAAGGUCAAGUGUGGAGCCAAUUUUGGAACAAUAUAGACCUAUGAUUUUGGCAUCAUUGAAAUUUUCCAAGUUUACUCUUGGUACUGUUGCUCCUCAAUUCAUAGGAGACUCACAUUAGAAAAGCGAGAAGCGUCGCGUUAGAAAAAACGAGAAAAAGCUUGCUUAAGCGAGCAGAAGGCAUCAACUAGGACUUUUUAAAAAAUUUGGGUAAAUAAACAUACGAGCAGAAGGCAUCUGAUACCAAAACAUACGAAGGUCUUCUUCUCCAGUCCGGCGAACUUCAGCGACGACUUCAUCUCCAGAUCUCAGUAAGUUUCUUCUUCUUCUUCUUCUUCUUCAUGCUCUGUUUUCUAUCUUUUUCUGUUAUUCUUCUUCUCUUUUG